CAUUUGCUGUAUCUUGACUGUUGUUUGCGGUUGAUGAGGAGAGAGAGUAGCAGCAGCCAGCUAGGAAAGUGUGAAAUUGGAGUCUGAAAGUUUGUAGAUCUAUCUGCUACCUAAAAACUAAACCGCAGUGUUUUGGUACAAGGCCAAGGCCAAAGCCAUGUGGAGGAGGGGGAGCUCACUGAGUUUGACUCUUCAUCAGAGUUUGUGUUCUUCUUCUUCAUCCAAACUCCCCAACUCUCAGCUCCACUCUUCUUUCUUUUCUUCUUCAUCUUCUUCUUCUUCAGCCCCAAACUCCUUGGACCUGGGGUUUCCGAAACCCGAUGUCGCACCGCCCUUCUCGGCCUCCGUCAAUAUCUCGUCUCUCGCCUCCACAACUCGCCACUACGCUCGCUGCUACUGGGAGCUCUCCAAGGCUCGCCUCAGCAUGCUAGUUGUUGCUACUUCUGGGACGGGAUUUGUCCUUGGGAGUAGAAGUGCCGUUGAUUUUGCGGGACUUUGUUGGACUUGUGCCGGUACCAUGAUGGUUGCUGCAUCUGCCAGCUCUUUAAAUCAGGUAUUUGAGAUUAAGAAUGAUGCCAAAAUGAAGAGAACAAGGCUAAGACCACUACCUUCAGAGCGCAUUACUAUACCCCACGCAGUCACCUGGGCAUCUACUGUUGGUUUAGCUGGAACUGCUUUAUUGGCAAGCAAGGCUAACAUGUUGGCGGCUGGGCUGGCAGCUUCCAAUCUGAUUCUGUAUGCCUUCGUCUACACUCCUAUGAAGCAGAUCCACCCAGUCAAUACAUGGGUUGGGGCUGUCGUUGGUGCCAUUCCACCACUUCUUGGGUGGGCUGCAGCUUCUGGCCAGGUUUCUCUCAAUGGAAUGAUUCUUCCAGCUGCUCUCUAUUUUUGGCAGAUUCCCCAUUUUAUGGCCCUUGCCUACAUGUGCCGUGAUGAUUAUGCUGCUGGCGGGUUUAAGAUGUACUCUCUUGCUGAUGCUUCUGGUCAGAGAACUGCCUUGGUGGCUUUAAGGAACUCCCUGUAUCUGAUUCCUUUGGGGUAUUUAGCGUAUGAUUGGGGUGUGACUUCUGGAUGGUUUUGUCUUGAAUCAUCAGUCCUUACUCUUGCAAUAAGUGCUGCAGCAUUUUCAUUCUAUAGAGAUCGCACUGCACAAAAAGCUAGGAGGAUGUUUCAUGCUAGCCUUCUAUAUCUUCCUGUAUUCAUGACUGGGCUUCUAGUUCACCGUCUCCCUGAUAAUGAACAAUGUAUCAAAGAAGACAAUUCAGCUGAGAUUUUAUCUUUCUUGGAAACUAAAGAUGAAGAAAGUGAAAACCUUAAUGAGAAUGAGGUGAUGCGAUCCAGAGUCAGGAAACAAGCACGCCCACCUGUAGCGUAUGCCUCUGUUGCACCAUUUCCAUUUCUGCCUGCACCAUACACGGUUCCUUGAUGUAUUUUGCUUCUAGAUUUUUUUGGUUACAAUCUGUAAUAAAAAGGUGGAAAUGUUCCCUUGUAAAAAUCAAUCUGACCAAAUUUUUGAGGGGUUUUUUUGGGUCAAACUCUAUGGCAAUUUAUGAAGUUGAGAUUUGUUAUAUAGCUUUUAAUGUUAUGCUCUUCAACAUUGACAUUUGAGCAACGAAUUUUUAUUUGAAAUAAACUGUGAAAACAAAGCAAUUGAUCUUGAUUUGGGUAGAACAA